ACACCGAGCUUAGUUCAGGCUGACCUUGAAUAAUUUGUGUAAAACGUUUCUAUUCAUAACUUCCAGUAAUGGAGUGUGGGUUUAAUCUAGGAAUUCUAGACAUGGCAUAGGUUUGCAUUUGAACAGAAUUUUUGAGCAGUCCUGUGGAGCUUAAAACAUUUGAAAAGCUGUUUCGUUCCUUUGUGUCGUUAACAGGCUGCUUACUGCGUGUGUCUGCAGCUCUGUCCGUCAGGGUAGUGUUAAAUAGUCACAAAUAAGCUGUGUGGGCUGGCUUUCCUUUUGGAAAGCAGUCAAAAGAAAUUGUAAGAUUGCUAGUUCCCAAGGUUUUAUCCAAAAUUUUCUGUGUAAUACUCAGGUUGGGAAUUUUGAGACUGCGUUAGUCAUCUGGGAUGAGAUCGGUUCAUUUGGAUUUGGGGUCAUUCGUACAAAGUCUGAGCCCAGAGGGGCUGAUGAGCACACGAGGGUCCCUGUGGGGCACAUAAACGGGGCCGCUCCAUCCAAAAGAGGGUGCGGGAUUUCGGGAGAGUGUGGGCUGUGCCGGAGUGAGGCAUGCAAACCGUAUCUCGGGGAGAAAUAGCGUGAGGGGUACUGAUGGUUUGUUCUUGUCCUUCAGAGAAAGAGUUUUGGUUCUGGGCUUGCAGGGGGUCUUUGGGAGGGAAGGGAGCAAAUAUUUCUUUUUUCUAAAGCACAGAGUUGUCUGGUUUUAAAGCACAGAGUUUUAAAGUACCCAUAACUCUGCCAUUCCCCUAGCUCUUGCGCCUGUCUCUAGGGAGAACCAGCUGAAAAUCAGCUGCUGCUUCGGAUAGGGUCUCCAGAGUCACAGCUUAGUAAUGUCAGCAGGGAACGUUCAUUAGAAAGGUCCCAUGAAAGAAGCAUUUUGGAUUCUCUGACGUUGUGAAAUAGCAACAUACAAAUACCUGUAAAUUAUUUUCCCACUUUUCAGGAACUGGUAAAACGUAUUCAUUUCUUUAUAGGGAGCAAAAUGCUAUUUGCAUGGAUUGCGCCCGCAGCAAUUUGGUUGUUGGUGCACUUCACAGCAGAAGCGUGCAGGAAAGGGAACGUGCCUGCUAGGAAACUUCCCCGUGGCGCCGCAGAAAUAUGCGACAAAGGGAAUAUGACUGCUAACACUGCUGCUUAUGUCCAGCCUGGAACCAGUAUCACCCUCUCAUGCCAGCUGAAACCCCUGCGAUACACCGAGCAGUGCAGGAUAGCUAUUUUCCUUAACAGCUCUGAACUAAUUAGCAAUUACAGCAGUUCAGUAAGCACCGAGUUUCCAGUCCAUACAUAUGGCAAACACAUGUUUACGUGCAAAAUAGUUUGUGAAUACAAGAAAAAACUCAUUUGUGGAAUCGAUAUAGAAUCUGGAAAUCCUCCAGAUGAGCCAAGAAAUGUGUCGUGUAUCCAGUAUGGGGCAGACGGCCAUCCCACCUGCGCCUGGAAUAAAGGAAGGCUCACGUACAUCAACACUACCUAUGUAAUACAGCUAUCAAAUGGGACGGAUGUCUUAUGUGUUUCAGAAGAAAGUCUGAAUAAGGAGUUUGGCUCGCUGGCUCUGAGCAAGUUGAAUUUUGACUCUACUUACACCGUUGUGGUUGCCGCCUCCAAUGAGCUAGGAAGUGCUUUUUCACAGCCGCUCACGUUCAUGUUAAUAGACAUAGUGAAACCACAUCCUCCCAACUUUUUAGUGGAAUUUGAAAAUUCUUCUGCGGCCAAUUGCACCUUUUUUUGGCACGAUGAAGCACAAGCGCGGCACUGCAGGCUGAGAUACCGUCCACUUACCAGGCACGCCUGGAGCACGGUUGAAUGCUUAAACAGUGAAAAAUACAGUCUUUAUGGUCUGGAGCCUCAUACAACCUACGAGUUUCAGGUCAGCUGUAAAAUUCACCCCGAGCGAGGACUGUGGAGUAACUGGAGCACGUACCGAAACCGGACUCCAGAAGCAGUGCCGACCGGGCUCCUGGACGUCUGGUACCGACAGCAGGACGUGGACUCUCAACAGCAGAACAUCUCUCUUUUUUGGAAGGCUUUGAGCAAGUCGGAGGCGAGGGGAAGAAUCCUGCGGUACGCAGUGACCUUCGAAGCCCUGGACCGGCGGAACGCGCCGGCAGGAGAAGCACACCUUACCACCCAAACCAGUUACGCCAGGGUCACGCCGAGGGUGGGCUACAAGAUAACGGUCACCGCCGAGAACUCGAGGGGCAGGUCCCCCCCCGCAUCCGUCGUGACCAAGCCGGGCACCCAGGAUCUACCUCCUCCUCAGAAGGUUUCUGCCGUAGCCAUGGGAAACGGCAGCAUCCUCGUCCGCUGGAAACCGCCCGUCAGAUGGGCUGCGUCCAUCAGCGGAUACGUAGUGGAGUGGGCAGACGCGCAGAGGAACGCGCGCCUGGAGCCCCGUCCAGCCUGGGCGAAGCUUCCAGCAUCCAACCUGUCCGCAGUGAUAGCAGAGCACAUAAAAGAUAACACGUGCUAUCAGAUCAGCGUAUUUGCACUCUAUCGGGACAGAGCCGGACAAGCGGCAUCAGUCAGGGGAUACUCAAGAGCAAAAGCACCAUCCGCUGGGCCCCAGAUGUACGCAACACCCCAGGCAAACGGCAUCUCGGUUUCGUGGGAAGAAAUCCCUGCCCACCAGCAAAGGGGCUGCAUCACGGGGUACCAUCUGUACCUGCAGAAAAAGGACGGGCGGGCAGCCCCGGACGUCUACGCCGUUUCCAACGUGACUGCCCAACGCUGGCUGUACGUCACCGACCUGCAGCCCGGUGAGCACUACGCCCUGUGGAUGACAGCGUCGACGGCUGCCGGAGAGGGGCCCAGGGGCAACAGCGAGCUCCUCUGCUUGGAAAGUGCUGGGGACUGGAUGACUGUUGUGCUUACCUGCAGCUUCUUCAUCCUCUCAGCCUGCAUUUGUUCCGUGCCUCCGGCAAGAAAAGCAUUACAGUCGCUCCUCUCUGCGCUUAUGCCGCAGUGGCAGAGCAAAGCCAUUCCAGACCCAGCUAACGCGACGUGGGCCAAGAACUACAUGUCUAUGAAGGCCGAGCUGAGCUUACCCUCCAGCGGGUUCCUGCACAGCACGGGCAGCUUUGAAGAGCCCGAAACAACAGAAGUAGAGGAAACCUUCGUGAAAACGGACCCGCUGGCCCUCCGGGACAAGCUCGUCUUCGGCAGCGUCGGAAACGGCGACUGGCCGCUGGAGAGGGGCUCGGGGCACGAGGAGCCGGAGUACAAGCCUCUCCCCGGCACGGCAGACGGGGAGGUUUACGAGCAGCAUCUUCCCGACCUCUACAAGAGGAUAGCGGUGGAGGUGACGGAGCAGACGCAGACCGUUUCCGAGUACAUCGCCAACACCGACACGGCCACCGCGUACCUACCCCCGGUUACAGGCGCUACUGAAGACCCCCCCGAACUCGAGUGCGAUCCGCUCUCCGUCUUCCCAACGACUUUUUUGACACCCGUACUUUCCUACGAGGGGACUCUUACUUUGGACACGGUGAAAAUAAACUGCACCUCUUUCACAAGGUAGGCGGUCAGGGUGAUGGAAGCCUGGCCUGGUUUUUUUUGCACUUUAUGAAAAGUAUUUCAGUGUCUUUCGGUACAGCCAGUCCGGUAACUUGCACGUGACACCUUUAAGUGAUAAAAACCCCAAAUCACCAACCUUUCUGGCACCGCACGUCACACCUCGCUGUACAACACAGCAGCUCCUCAUCCGCACAACACGCUCAGGUAGAAUUAAAGACAAGAUCAGGAAUGCCAGGGCUGCGCGACCCAGCUUUUGGAGAGGUUAAUUAAUUACUCAGGUUGCCUUCACGCAGCCUGGGUUGCCUCAGGCCCCUGUCCCACUGCCUGAUCACGAGCGACUCAGCCUGGCUUGGUCCACCCCAGGAAUCAGAGCUGCACAAACCAUCAUUUCAACCGUCGCAAGCCCAGGAAGAGCGAGGAGUUACGCCGAGGUCAGACCUCAGCAUCCCAUCCCAGCAGGACCACGGCUGCAGCCCUCGCUCCUCCGCCUGCGCCCAGCAGGUUAGCAAUACAGCACGGGGACAUCCACGGCCACCGGUGCUAAACUUAAUGCCCGCAGGGGUUAUUCCUCACUGCAGCCCCAGCGCUGGGACGAAGUCGCAUCGUCCCCAGCGACACCGGUGCUCCAGCCCGCGUGGGGACCAAGGGACAGGGCUGCAGCAGGGCCUGCCUGCCUUCGUGGCUCAGUUCAGGAAAGGAGAAAUCCUCGCCAGAAAGAAAAGCAACAGGCAGCGCAUGUGGGCAGUAAGUCAAAUGGACUGGUGAGAAGAAUUUAAAUCAUUUAUUGAAGUAUUCUAAUUACAGGCUUGAAGUAUGUUACACAUUUAAUGACUUUGUUUACUGUAUGUGUGUGUAUAUAUAUAAAUAAAUAAAAGUGUUGGAAACCUGAAAUUUGUUUCCUGUUGUUUCCUCUG